AAGUUGGGGGCGGGCCCUCGCGGGGAGUGAACCGGAAGUGUAAGCCCUCCUGCUUCUUCUCCGCCGGGCGGAACCUCUUCUGCUGGGCCCGGUGGCUGCAAAAGAACUUUCUUUCUCCCGCCCCAACGGUCGCUGCGGCCAACGGCCUUGCCUGUCCAGCAGCCCGCGCGCCUCCCCUCCUCCUCGCCCUUUCGGCGGGCUCCGCUCGUGCUGCCGCCUCCGCCGUCGUCCCCUGCCCAGCCAGCCGGCCCGCCCGCCGCAGUGAUGUGCGACAAGGAGUUCAUGUGGGCCCUGAAGAACGGAGACCUGGACGAGGUGAAGGACUACGUGGCCAAGGGAGAAGAUGUCAACCGGACACUGGAAGGGGGAAGGAAGCCUCUUCACUAUGCAGCAGAUUGUGGACAGCUCGAAAUCCUGGAAUUCCUGCUGCUGAAAGGAGCAGAUAUUAAUGCUCCAGAUAAACACCACAUUACCCCACUUCUGUCUGCUGUGUAUGAGGGCCAUGUUUCCUGUGUGAAGUUGCUUCUGUCAAAGGGUGCUGAUAAAACUGUGAAAGGUCCAGAUGGACUGACUGCCCUUGAAGCCACCGAUAACCAGGCAAUCAAAGCGCUCCUGCAGUGAUGGACGGAUGGACUGAUAACUCGGAAAGAACGACUCCUGUGGCCUCACACUGCUGCCUGUCUGUCUAUCACUCUCUAUCUGCCAGCUUCUUCAGCUAAAUACUUUAAGAGGGGUGAGGGGAGAGAGAAAUUCAUAAAAAUCAGACUACCAGAAAAAAAAAUGUUUGGAGGAGAGGAAAACCGUGAUCAGGCUCUUAACUAGGAUUCCUGAUCAAGCCAACCUCUUUUCCAUUUCUAAUAAAAUAUACAACAUAGACCCAAGAGAGAACAAAGACACUGUACCGGGAACAUUUGACCUUUCAGCUCCCUAGCUAAUCCAUAAAUUAGAUUGUGUUGAAGGUCUGAUUCUAUAAAAGGCCAACUCCACUUACUCAGCAGUCCUAACUGUGAGCAGUAGCGGCUGCUGCGAGGUAACUUAGGGUGCUGAGAUAAGCAACUCGCUCCAGCCUUCUGCCUUAAGCAUGCACUCUCCAGGGGUCUCCUGCUCAGUAUGGGCACCGCCUGUGGUUGGUGACCAAAUCUUCCCUCAUGACUUCAGCUUCCAGUGAAAGUUCAGUUAAGGUGAGGAGGGGCACACUCCUAAAUUGCUGGAUGACUGAACUUUGGAUUUUCUCUCCCCUUUCACAUGGAUUUAAUAUCUCUUUAGAUAAAACUGACUAGUUUUAUUUAUGAAAUCUUAAAAUUUAGAAGUCUAAAGGAGAAAUCAUUCCAGUAUAUCUGUAUUUUUUUCUCCUCUAGCUUCAGACAUUUAUAUAACAUUGAAACACUUUCAGAUUCCUGCUGGUAUAGUAAAAGGGGUUUAAAAAUAGAAUCAUAGCCAUGAGCGUGUUAGUAUCAUAUAGAGAGAGAACAGUUGUUGUAGUACCUACAGAUUUCCUUCAUUUGCUGUUUGAGUUGAUUUCAGUUAAGUUUGGAGAAUCAAGGAACAUUCUUAGAACACCUCUGUCUGACCCAUCUUAAUGCUGAUUACGUAGUGCACCAAAGCUGUCACUAGGUCAAGAUUGACUAUUGGAAAAAUUGAACCCCAUCCGUUCAGAAAUAGGCUUGUUACCAGGUUUCCCUGAGUCGUUGGUAGAUUUCUGCUGGACAUAUGCCAACCUACCUGCACAACAUAAUUUUGUUUCUCUUAUAAAUCAUGCAUUGCAUAAUUUGUGAUAACUUUAAAAUAUAUUCUGUGUUCUUAGAGUACAGUGCCCUAAAAUGGUCCUUAUGACCUGCAGAAUUGGGCACAUCUCCAGGUGUUUAUUUCAUGAGCAGUAAAAUUAAAACGUAUAACCUUAAAUUUGAUAUCUGGCACUUGAAAUAUUAAGAUUUUUUGAAUUGUCAUCCAUAUAAGCUUACUAAAAAUAUUAGAAUUUUUCCUUAGCCAAGUCAUGCAAUAAUUGAAUGUACCUCAAAUUUUUAAAGGGGGAGGGAGGUUGGGGACUUAUAUUCAGAUUGUGGAUAAUAAAGAACCAAUGAUUUUUUUAAAGGCAGUGUAGCAUUGUAAAGCAGGGUUAAACUAAUAAGAACAGUCAGCCUGACUAGUAAGUUUUAUUGAUCAGUUGCUAAUUGGUUGGUGAUGUAAAAGUGAGUGAGCUUGUGUGUGUGUGUGUGUGUGUGUGUGUGUGUGUGUGUGUGGGUUUUUUUCCCCCAUGAACCCUUUUUAUCCAGUGGCUUUUUCACUUUGAAUUAGCCUAACCCUGUAAUUUUCCUGUGUCUAAAACCACAAUCACAGAAUGGUUUAAAUACUUUGAUAUAUUUGGCUAACUCUGCUGUCUUAAUGCAGCGUAUCAGAGCUGGACAUCCUGAUUGGAAAUGGAGGGCACUCUAUCAGUCUACAGCUGUCAGCAUAGUGCAACAGGAUGUUUUUUUAUCUUUGUAUUCACCUCUUGGCAUAAUGCUAUUUAAAAGGCUUGAAUUUUUCCCUUUACACAGUUUUCACGUUUGCUUUCAAAGUGUUCUGUUGUAGUUGGCUGUUGCAGAGAGUGCAUUGUCCUUGCAUUCCUAAACUUGGUCUGCUUUCAAAGUCAUUAUGGUACUGAAACCAUGUGAUUCUUUGUACAGUUUAUCCUGAUGUUCCUUAUAAUGCAGUAGAGGCUAUUUAGCCUUCCCUCUUCUUUUUCAGUCACUUUGUAAACCCCAUAAUUAUGAAGCAAUUGCUUGAGUAAAUUACAUAUACACAUACAAUAGAAUAGACUGGCCAAGAUGGUUUGCAAUUUCUUUUUUUUUUUUUAACUAGGUUAUUUAUAAUGUACUUCUGAACCACUUGGCAGAGAAAUUCAGAACACUUAAUGUUUAUAUUUUGAGUAAAGGAAGCUAAAACCAUGUCUGCUUUUUGGUACUACAUGCAUUAGCAAAAGGUUAGUUUUGUUCUCCACUGAAGUACUAUUUAACAUCUUAGACAAAAUCUUGCAUGUUCUGUAGUUUUGUAUUAAAUCAUUGAGUCAUUUCUUAUGCACUAUGACAAGUAAAAACAGGUGGUCUGCCUGUUACAAUAGUUGCUAACAAAUUCCCCCACAGCUUCAGGCUGGUUUCUGUAGACAUGGAGUCAAAGACAGCACCUGAGUGUCCUAAGUAGUUCUGUGCACAGCUCACCCCUCUAAACCCAGCUGGGCAUAGAAGUACGUAGUUGGUAGGUGCAUUGUGUAGAAGCUGCAAACAAGUAGGCCUUUUAUUCAUUUUCUUUCCCCAGGUACUGGGUUUUUAAUCUAUAUGUACCUAAUUGAUUUUUUUCCUAAAACUUGAACUAAGCUGCUGUUUUCUUCCAUGUAAUAUCUUAUAUUCAAUUGUGUAUAGAAGAAGCUGAUAAGAGUGCCCUCCUACAUAAAUAAGCAAUUGCAGUGUUUUGCAUGCAAAAUUUUAAAAAAUUAAAUCGUCCUGAUUCUAUUUUGUAAAUGGAGAAACAAUCAUACCUUUCUAAGCAGUAAUGGAGGAAGACUAGUGCUUUGUGCAUUUUUGAUAUAUUUGAGUUCAUUUUUUCACAGCGUCAUACUUUUGACACAAUUGAGUUUCUCAUAAGUAUCCUAGUUCAUGUACAUCCGAAUGCUAAAUAAUACUGUGUUUAAGUUUUGUGUUGCAAGAACAAAUGGAAUAAACUUGAAUUGUGCUACAGCUCA